AUGAGCCCCCCCUCUCCCCCCUCUAUCAGUCCGCCUCGCGGCUACUUUUUGCGUCGGCGCCAUGUGAAGGCUCGAGAGCCGGGAGACGGCAGCAAGCAACAGCAACCAGCAGCAGCAGCAGCAGCAACAGCAACAGCAGCAGCAGAAAAAGCAGCAGCAGCAACAGCAGCAGAUGGACGAGUUGAAGAGAGAACACCGGUAGGGGAUGCCCCCGCUACUCUCCAAUCGUCUUCUCAGCCGUAUGCGUCGAGUACCAGCAACAGCAGCAGCAGCAGCAGCAACAGCAGCAGCAGCAGCAGCAAAUGCAGCAGCAACAACCGCCGCCGCCGCAGCAGCAGCAGCAGCAACAGCAGCUUGACAGGGAACCAUACCCCUCUAGAGAGAGAAACUACUUCAGGAUCUGCUGCCUCUUGCGACAGCAUAAACUCUGCUGCAGCAGAAGCAGCAGCAGCAGCAGCAGCAGCAGCAGCGAAAACAGCAGCAGCAUCAGAUGCUGUUGCAGCAACAAAUAGAGUUUCAGUAGGCGAGCGGCUGCAGCAGCUGUUUGCUGCAGCAAAGCGAUUUCUGUUUCCUUCUCAGUUUCAUGGAUUGCUGCUGCUGCUGCUGCUGCUGCAGCUUCUCAUGCUUGGGUUUCUGCUGCAGCAGCAGCACGAGCUGCUGCAGCAGCGCGAAGCAAUGCAGCAGCAGGCGGUGUACGGACAGCUGGUAUUCGAGCAGCAGCAGCAGCUGCUGCUGAAUAGCCGCCGCUCUCGCAUAGGUGUCAAGCGGCAGCAGCAGCAGCAGCAGCAGCACCAACAGCAGCAGCAGCAGCAGCAGCAGCAGGAGAAUGCUGGGGCGAGUGAAAGCUGCCGCUGCAGGCCUUGUGCUCGUGUUCGUCUUUCUGAGGGUUUAAUAGAUAUUAAAGAUAGAUAUAAACACACAGAAAAAGAAAUACAGAUUGCUGUCGAUACAUUCUUGCGGUGUAUAGACACCGCAGCUGCUGCAGUAAAGGGUGUACAUGAAGAGAUGCAGCGAGCUCCCUUUAGAAUGAAAAUGUAA